UGUCGCUAGUGUUGCCUCUCCGCGCAUGCGCACUCCCCACCAGCCAACCAACAAGAAGCCAUCGUCCAUUUUGAAAUUGUGGCUUUGUGACGCGCACUUUUCACAAUAAAUAAUUUAAAAACACUCAAAUUCCUGCAAAAAUAGAGGACACAAUGGCCGAGAAUAACCCUCAAGAAACCGAAUCUUCCAAUCCUCCGCAGCAGCAACAGCAGCCCCGGCCCAUGGGUGGCGGCAUGGGCGGUUUCAGGGGCCGUGGAGGGCCAGGCGGUCGCGGAAUGCCCAGAGGACGCGGCGGUUUUAUGAGGGGAAGAUUUUUUUCCAGGGGUGGACCCGGGGGUCCUCCUGGCCGUGGGGGCCCGAUGAUGCGGGGACGCGGCGGCCCUAGAGGCGCGCCAAGAGGACGCUUCCCCCCAGGACCCGGUGGUCCGCCUGGCGGUCCGGGUGGUGACGCGCAGGGCCCUCGUGGCCCCCCCGGCGGACCGCGUCCUCCGAUGGGUCGUGGCGGUCCUGGCGGUUUCCGUGGUAGAGGCAUGGGUGCCCCUAAAGGGCCCGGCAUGGGCCGUGGUCGUGGGACAGGAAUGGCACCACGUGGUAGAGGAUUUGGUGGUCCGAGGGGAGUUGGAGGCCGUGGGGGUUUCUUGGGUCAGAAACGGACUCCUGGACAAUUCGGUCAAGGGGGACCUGGUCCAAAAAGGCCGAGGUUUGAAAAUGGCAAUCAGAACGGAUUUGGACAAAAUCGGCCGCAGGGAUAUGGCGGUAGUGGUGGUGCGUCUGGUGGUUACCAACAACAGUCGUAUAAUUCACAGUCGUACGGACAGGGCCAAGGGGGCUAUGGCCAACAAGGUGGAAGUGGCGGAUAUGGAAGUGGAUCUGGUGGAGGUGGUUACGGCAAUUCGGGACAAUAUGAUGGUACGAGUUAUGCGACCACAUAUCAGACAGAUUCAGAUAACUACGGAUCUUCAGGGUACAGCAGUGGUGGAGGUGCCGGAGGCGGUGGUUACAGUAGCCAACAAGGUGGCUAUGAAGACAGGAGUGGGGGAUACGCACCUUCCGGGGGUUACGGUUCAACAAACCAGGCUAGACGGUUCUAAAAAAGCCAUCGCGUCUUUGCGUUAGAGUGUUUUUAUCAUUGAAUGUAAAUGUCUCUUAUAUAUAAUUAAGAUUGUGUGAAUGAAUAACUCAAUACAUAUUUUUUAUAUUUUGUAGUACAUGUUUAGUUAAUAAGUUUUUAACACUAUGAUGUUUUUUGGAGAUUAUACUUUUUCUUUCUUUGGGAUCAUUCAUUACUUUUUGAGGAGAAAAAUUUAAACGUCACAGUAGUAAAUUAAAGAUCUCAUCAAAUCGACCGUAAUGCCCUUUUUGAUGUGGAUUAGUGCAAGGGAAAUUUUUGUAGUUUAAUCAAGAAAUUAUGUAUCACUUUAUUUAUUGAUGUGCAUCUAAGCUAGUGUUCGUAGUUUUUCUAUAUGUUUUGAAUUUAAAACAGUCGGACAAACUUUUAAACAAACUCAUUGUCGAGUUUGAACAAUGAACAUAAUUUUUAAAAGAUUACUUGUACAUUAAGAUGAGGCAUUAAAAAUAAAAUAUUUGAUAAGACA